GGAGUAUAAUGCAGCUUUCAGGCGGAGAGAAGACUCUUUCUUCGUUAGCUUUUGUAUUCGCUAUUCACCAUUUUCGGCCAUCACCGAUGUAUCUUAUGGACGAAAUAGAUGCGGCUUUAGAUACUCGAAAUGUGACUAUUGUGGGCAAUUUAAUACAACACCUUUCGGAUCAUACACAGUUCAUAGUAAUAUCAUUACGUGAAUCAAUGUUUAGACUAUGUAAUCGCUUGGUAGGAAUCUACAAAGUGGAGGAUUGCACUGGCUUUAUGGUGAUAAACAACAUUAACAAUACUCAACCAAAUUCAAAUGAGCAUCCUCCUUCAAAUAAUCGUAAAUUAUUAAAUUUUCAAUACACCCGUGAAGACUCUAAUCUAGUUGAAGUAAUAAUGAAAAACCAAAUAUUUAUUGAAAAUCCAAUCAUCAUGCCUAUUUGUGAUGAAAGUACUUCUAAUAUUGAUAAUGAUAUUUCAUCAUCUUCAUCAUCUUCACCACCCCCAAGUAAGAAAACAAAGAUACAAUAA